AUGUCCAAAGUCUACGUUAACGAAAAGAGCGGUGCUGAUUCUGAAGCUGCCGGCUCUCAGGAACAACCAUUCCAGACUCCAGCUUUUGCUGCUUACAAGUCCCCAGAGGCUACAAUCUUCGUUUACAAGAAGAAGGAUGACUCAGAAGAGUUCGAAUACGCUGAGAUCUCUGCAUCUGCCUUGAAGAAGGCCAAGAAGGGUGCUGAAGGUCUUAAGAAGAAGGCCGAAAAGCAGGCCAAGCAAGCUGAAGACCAGAAACUUAAAGAUGAGGAGAAUGCUAAGAAAUUGGCUGAAUUGGACUUGAUCAAGAUCGAGGAAGACAAGUCCUUGCCUGAGGCUAAGAAGAUCAAAUUGAGAGCCAUUCAAGAUAACAUCGACCAGCGUGUUGUUGUGUCUGGUUGGGUUCACCGUUUCAGAUCCCAGAAGGGCGUUGCAUUCAUUACAUUGAGAGACGGUACCGGCUACUUGCAGACUGUCUUGACUGGUGACUUGGCUAAGGCUAGAAUUACCCAAGAAUUGACCUUGGAGUCUACUGUCACCAUCAAGGGUGUCGUUGAGAAGUUGCCAGAGGGCAAGACUGCUCCAGGUGGUGUUGAAUUGAAGGCUGACUACUACGAGGUUGUCGGUUUGGCUCCUUCUGGUGAAGACGCUUUCACCAACAAGGUCCAGGAGAAGGCUGACCCAUCAUUGUUGUUGGACCAAAGACACUUGACCAUGAGAGGUGAGACCUUGUCUAACGUUUUGAAGGUUAGAGCUGGUCUUCUUGAUGCCAUCAGAAAGUUCUACGCUGAUGAAGGUCUUGUGGAGGUGACCCCACCAUGCAUGGUCCAAACCCAGGUUGAAGGUGGUUCCACCUUGUUCAAGUUGGACUACUACGGUGAGGAGGCUUACUUGACCCAAUCUUCUCAAUUGUACUUGGAGACUUGUUUGCCAGCUCUUGGUGACGUUUUCUGUGUGCAAGAAUCCUUCCGUGCCGAGAAGUCCCACACCAGAAGACACUUGUCUGAGUACACACAUAUUGAGGCCGAGUUGGGCUUCAUCACUUUUGAAGACAUGUUGAACCACUUGGAGAGACUCUUUGUUGCUGUUGUCAAGACGGUUUUGGAGGACCCAGUCACUGGUCCUUUGAUCAAGAAGUUGAACCCUAACUUCAAGCCACCAACACAACCAUUCAAGAGAAUGGAGUACAUUGAAGCCUUGGACUGGUUGAACGAGCACGGCAUUCCAAACGAGGAGGGCGAGAAGUUCAAGUUUGGUGAUGAUAUCGCCGAGGCUGCUGAACGUAAGAUGACCGACACUUUGAAUGUUCCAAUCUUGUUGACCCGUUUCCCAGUCGAGAUCAAGUCCUUCUACAUGGAGAAGUGUGAUGAUGACGAGAGAGUCACCGAGUCUGUUGACGUGUUGAUGCCUAACGUUGGUGAGAUCACCGGUGGUUCUAUGAGAAUUGACGACUACGACGAGUUGAUGGCUGCUCUCAAGAGAGAGAACCUCGAUCCAGAGCCAUACUACUGGUUCACAGACCUUAGAAAAUACGGUACCUGUCCCCACGGUGGUUACGGUUUGGGUACCGAGAGAAUCUUGGCUUGGUUGUGUGACAGAUACACUGUCAGAGACUGCUCCUUGUACCCUAGAUUCACCGGUAGAUGCAAGCCAUAA